GACUGUCGCGCUCUGGUCACACUGCUCGUCCAGGUUCCACGUCAAGCGCCGGAAAAAAAACACGACUUGCAUUUAAUCAAUUUAUCUGGCGACCGGACGAACGGAUUUCAAGCAAGAUGGUUAGCCUGCUGCAAGAGAUCGACACCGAGCACGAGGACAUGGUCCACCAUGCGGCGCUGGACUUCUACGGCCUCCUGCUGGCCACCUGCUCCUCGGACGGCAGCGUCCGCAUCUUCCACUCGCGCAAAAACAACAAGGCGCUCGCGGAGCUCAAGGGACACCAGGGACCCGUGUGGCAGGUGGCCUGGGCACAUCCCAAGUUCGGCAACAUCCUGGCCUCGUGCUCCUACGACCGCAAGGUGAUCGUCUGGAAGUCCACAACGCCCAGGGAUUGGACUAAACUCUACGAAUACAGCAACCACGACUCCUCGGUGAACUCUGUGGACUUCGCGCCAUCCGAGUACGGCUUGGUGCUGGCCUGCGCCAGUUCGGAUGGCUCGGUUUCGGUGCUCACCUGCAACACGGAGUACGGUGUGUGGGAUGCCAAGAAGAUACCGAAUGCGCACAUCGGACUGCCCCGGUCGCAGAUUGCCACAGCUUCGCAGGAUCGUCAUGUGAUCGUGUGGAGCAGCAACGCGGAUCUGUCACAGUGGACCUCGACGGUGCUGCACACGUUCGAAGAUGCCGUGUGGAGCAUCUCGUGGUCAACCACCGGCAACAUUCUUGCCGUCACCGGUGGCGACAACAAUGUCACAUUGUGGAAGGAGAACACGGAAGGCCAAUGGAUCCGCAUCAACUACGAAUCGGGCACCGCCAUCCAGCCGAAGCAGCCCUCACACCUUCCCCAUUCCCACUCCCAGCAGCAGCAGGCGCCACAACAGCACCAGCAACAGGCGCCAUCGCAUCCAGGUCCUUCCUCCGACUCGGAGCACAGCUCGAACCUGUCCAACUCGCAACUAUCCAACUGAGCCAGCCUUGAAAUAUUGUCGUGCUGAUGUCGUGGUUAAAAGUGUUAUCUUACAAAUAUAUAUACGAAAUACGAUUUAGUGUGCCCCCUCUAAA